AUGUCUCAUGAUUCUGGGGAAGAGAACAUUGACCCGGUUCUACGAGAAGAGAUUGAUGAUGGUCCGACAGCUUCUCCAGUUGGUGGGAAGAGAAGACAAACUCAGGCUACAACUUCUACUGUACCGUCUCAACCGAGGAAAAAGCCAGCUCAUAGAUCUCCGGUUUGGGAGCAUUUUAUUCAGCAAGCACAUGAUCAGGCCCUCACCAACUGUCGGUAUUGUGGUCAACCUCUAGGAUGUGACACAGUGAUUCAUGGAACAAGUGCAAUGAAGAAUCACAUUAGUAGGUGUAAGUUGUACAAGAUGCAUCUAGAGAGUGGUACUCAGAGUGUGUUGGCUGGUGAUAGCAGUGGUGUAAUGACUGCAAUCAAGUAUGAUCAAGCUUUGUUCAGAAGGAAGACAUCCACAUUAGAUAUAUACAGUAUGUUUCUGAGAGAGAAAGGAUCUUUGAAGGAGCUGUUUGCUCACUGGAUUGACAGAGAUUGGAAGUUGCAGAAGAGGAUCAUCAGUUUCAAGCCAGUGACAGAUCACAAAGGUCUUCACAGUAACAAGGCUCUAAGGGUAUUCACUGAUGCUUUGAUCAUGAGAGGACCUGAUGCUUUAGUUAGUAAUGGUGAUUAUCUUCAUAUGCGGUGCUGUGCGCAUGUCCUCAACUUGAUAGUGAGGGAUGGUUUAUCCAAAGCAAAAAGGAGUAUAGUGUCCAUCAGAAAUGCGAUUAAGUAUGUGAGAUCAUCAGGUGAUCGGUUGAAAUCAUUUCUGUUGAGGGUCGACACAGGAAACGUAGGUAGAGGUAGUUUGUGUCUCGAUGUUGCUACUAGGUGGAAUUCAACCUAUCUAAUGCUGACAGCCGCAAACAAGUUCCGGGUUGCAUUUGAGAAGAUGUUGACUGAAGACAAGUUGUAUAACGACUACUUCAUGGAGACUGAAGAGAAUAGUGAGGAGAAUGGUGAUGAAGCUGAAUUCCCAGGGCAGAAGCGUGUUGCCAGCAAAUCAGUGACCUCUACUAUUUGUUAUAAUGAGAUUGUGACCAUUGAGAGGAAUCUUAUCAAUCUAAGCACCAAUGGUGAUGUGCUGCUAAAGACAGAGGCGACGAUGAUGAGGAGUAAGUUUGAAAAAUAUUGGGAUGGUCUCCUAAACAUGAAUCCGCUUGUCAUCAUCGCAAGUGUGUUUGAUCCCAGAAACAAGAUGCAGUUUGCUGGUCUUUGCUUCGACAAGCUUUAUGGAAAAGACAGUGUCGAAAGUACUCAUCUAAGAUCAUCAAUUAAGGGUGUGAUGAAGAAGAUGUAUGCAGAGUAUGUGAUGAAGUUGAGCGUAAGUGAACAAGUUGUACCAACUACUGGUGGAGUCGUAGUUGAUGUUGGAGUACCAGCAAGUGAUCUGUAUGAUUUGUCGGAUGAGGAUGGUUAUGAGAGGAUGGAUACGCUGUACUCUGAGAUGGUGGCUGAAUGCACAAAUGAAGAAUGUAGCAGUGAGCUAGAUAUUUACUUGUUGGAGAAACCAGUGCCAAGGACUCCAACUGCUUUGGGAUUGGACUUUGAUGUUCUAUCUUGUGUCUUCGGUUGCUUCUGA